AUGUCCUUUUCAUGUCAGAACUGUAGGAAGACGCGGCGCAAGUGUGAUAGAGGGAAACCUACUUGCGCAAGGUGUAUUAAAUAUAAGAUUGAUUGUGUUUACGAACUGCCGCCAAAACAUAAAAUUAAACAAUCGGUGGAUAUUGGGAAUGAUAUGAUAUCGGAGACACAGCGGCAGCAAAAACUGCAUAGGAAACAAAAUUCUGUACGGAGUUCAGUGAUAACUCCACAAUUGCAUCAACGGCAAUUGCAACGACCGAAUGAGUCCUCUUUGCCAGGUAUAUCACAUGUUCCUCUCGUAUCUCAUUUCACACCAAAAAACACAUCGCAAUUCGAUCUCAAUUUUUUGCAAACGUCUAGCGCAGUACCAUCUGGUGGCCCAAUGGACGUUGGUUUGAAUAUGAGUGUUUCACUUGGUCAGAGUUUACCUCUCGCGACUCAAAUAUCUUCGCAAUCUCCAGGAUCAGGGCCAGAUUCUGCUACGUCAUCAGCUAUGUCUUCAAGCUCAGCGCCGCUACCUUCCGUUAGCGCAUCCUUUUCAUCUCCAGGUAACAUUUCAAACAUGUCUCGCCAUCCCUUAUUAUCUCAUCACGGGUACCAAAAUCAACACCAUCAGCAGCAUCAGAACCAUCACAACAACAAUAAUAAUAACAAUAAUAAUAAUAUUAAUGGUGAUGAAAACGGUAACACUGAUAACUUGCGAUAUGAACAAACUCAUAAGGUUCAUGAAAAUGACCCAGAAUUUGUACAUACCUCUUUUGCAGAAUAUGAUCUUAGAGCUAGAUUUGAAACCACCAACGAGUUUUAUUCUUAUGUCAUCAAAGAUCCCUUCUACCAUUAUUUCCUUGUAUCCCAAAUCUUAACUGGAUCAAAACUCAUCAAACUUGAUCCAGCAAAUUCGUCACUUUGGUUCAGUUGCAUAUUAGAGGCAAGCAAUGCUUUGCAACCGUUAUCGGUUGAAGGAAUCGUAGAUAAGAUAAGAAAUGAAAGAUCUGACAGCCCAACUAAACUCAUCGAUGAUAUGCUCAGCCUUUUGCCUCCACAAGAUAAGAUGAGAACCAUCUUAUCACAUUUCUAUACCAAUGUUCAUGGCCCAUAUCCAAUUUUAGACGUCAAUGAGUUUGAACAACUAUACCAGAUGAUUAUCGAACAAAGGCAAUACUAUUACGAUUUACAAACUAGUCUGAAGUUCCUUACAACUUUAAUGAUGGCACUAAGAUUAGGUUACCUAUCGUUAUUCUCGUAUUUUACGAAGUUCGAACCUAAUCAUGCGUCUUUUAAAUGGUGUUUACAAUAUCCGAUCGAAGAUCAACACCUUAAAUGCUUAUCGCAUUGCAUCCAUUUCUUAAAGGAUAACGAACAGCUUCAAGUACAAACGCUUAUCCUGUUCAGGUUGAUGCUAUUAUUAGAAGAUCACGAUGAUAUGUAUUCGGUUUUCGGAUGGAGUGAUGGUGAACUUUGUAAGAUGAUCAAUGAUAUGGGGGUAGCAAUCAGAGAUGAAGAUUCGAACAUGUGGAUGCUUGUUUGUUGGAACAACCUGCACUAUAUGCUUUUAUGUGGUGCAGUGCAUGAUCAAUUUGACAAUUCUGUGUUUUAUGAUGAUGCCCAUUUGUUGGAUGAUUCACAGACUUUGGAAGAAAUCAUAUCUUUAGAUGAUAUAGGGAAACACAAUUUAGAGAUUAAGCACAUUUUGAAAAAAGGUUAUCAAUUGUUUAAGCUAAUCAUCAGUAACAGAAAUAUGGAGCGCACAUUGGACGAUGAACAGUUUAUACAGUUCAAGAUCAAUGAGAAUAAUGGACUCAACUUGUUUAAAUUGACACAACCUUCGUACGAAUUCUCCAUUGAGCAGGAACAAGAAAUUGAAAUUCUACCAGGUGUGCCAAUAAAUAUCUCCAUAUUCAAUGACUUCAAUAAAUUCAAGUGGGGCUAUUUCUUCAAAGUCAAAAAAUUAUCGAACCAGUCACUAUUGUUCUUCCACUUUGAGAGAACACAGUCUCCACUAUUCUGGAGUCAUUUGUUCUUCACAUUGACUGCAGCAGUGGAAAUAGCCAAGUCCUUUGUAAUGGGUUUGCAAAGUCUAAGGCUAAUGAAAACACCUUCGAAGUUCGUCGUUUCCCACGUUAUUUGUCUGGUAACUAACAGAACAUUGGCUGUAUUAUUUGGACUAAUAAUAAGAUUUCUGUAUUUCAAGCUGAAUUGUAGAGAUCCAGAGCUAGCAGCACUUGUCAGAGAGAUCCUUCUAAAACUGUUCUCCAUCUUGAAAGAUGUUGUGAAUUGUGCCGACAUAGACAUUUAUCGACCAAGAACGGUUGGAAUGGCAAGGAAUUUAAUCGAAUUAUUCAACCUGGGUAAACUAGAACUUUCUCUUACAUCUUACCUCAACUCUUCUAAAGAGGAACUCCAGCAGUAUCAUAGCAACACUGUGCAAAACUCAAGCUGGUCUGCCCAUGUAAAAUUAUCACCUCCAUCAAACCUGAAAACGUACAGUAAAAUGAUUAUGACAAUGACUGCUUAUAAUGCAAAGGAGGUACUCAACGUACUGUCUCUUUACGACAAAGACCCAUCAUUAUUCGAUGGUUUCUAA